AUGCCCGCCUUCCCUCAGAAGUUUCACUCCACCGUCUCACAUUGGCAGCAGACUAACCGAGGCCCCACCUCGCUGUGGAACCACGGCCGCAAAACCCAGCUCCCUACCGACAAGGUUGUCGACUAUGUGAUUAUCGGUGCGGGCGCGUCUGGCACUUCCCUCGCCUACCACCUCAGCCGCGCUGGCGGCGCUGCCGAGGGCAAGUCGGUGGUCAUUCUGGACGCCAAGGACGUCGCCUCGGGAGCUUCUGGUCGCAACGGCGGCCACGUCCCCACUCAGACUUGGCGCAUGUUCGCCCCGUUCAUGGCGCCAAAGGAGAAGGGCGGAGCGGGUCUUUCUGCCGACGAUGUGUUGGAUAUCAUCUUCUUCAUGCAGGACAACCUCGACCUGGUGGAGAGGCUGGUCCAGGAGGAGGGAAUCGAUGCCGACUUCAAGCGCACUCAACGUUUCGAGGUCCUGACCACCCCGGAAGGUGUGGCUGAGAACGAGCGUCUGCGCAAGUUCUACCUCGACAUACUGGCGAGGAGCACCAAGCACAAGGGUCGCAGUCUCGAUGUCGAGGUGAUUUGGGAUACCGCCCAAGCCAAGAAGAUGUCACGCGUGAAGAAUGCCCUUGCUGUCAACCGAGCGAUCGCUGGUUCUUGGCACCCUCACCGCGGCGUCACAGCGCUCAUGCGCCGCGCUCUCGAGUCCAAGCACGCCGAUGUCAAGUUCUUCUCUUGGGCUCCAGUGGCAGGCUUCACCGAGAACGCCGACGGCACUGUCUCUGUUGACUGUGGAGACCGUGGUAUCGUCACUGCCCGGAAACUCAUUGUGGCUACCUGCGCGUACACCCACCACCUAAUGCCAGAGCUGAAGAACAUUUAUCGCCUGCAAGCAGGUCUCGUCGUACCACCCGCCAGCUUUUCAGGCGAACAGGCCCUCAACGCAACAUACGCCGUCGAACAAGCGGCGUACCUCAUCCAGACCCCCAACGCCGGCUUUGUGUUUGGCCCAUACGAGAAAGUCGCUGUGCAGUCCGGUCUCACUACCAAGCAGGACAUGUACAACGUCGAGGACGACUCGGUGGCCACUGCUCCUUACCGCGAGUGGUUGUCAAACUUCUGCCGCACCGCCUUCGCAGGGUGGGGGGAGGAGACGCCCGGAGAGGGUCUGACCACCAUGUGGUCUGGUAUCCUCUGCCACUCUGUCGACCUCAUCCCCAUGGUCGGUCCCGUUCCCGGCCGCACAAACACUUUCAUGACCGCUGGUUACAGCGGGAUGGGUAUGGCAAUGAUUAUCAACAUCACACGAGGUCUCGCCAACCAGCUCAAGACGGGCGAGUGGGACGAGACUGUCCCUCGCUGCUUUCAGCUCACCGAGGAGCGCCUCGACAAGGCAAAGGAGUGCCUCCAGCCUCGCGAGUAUUCCGUUCCAAAGCUGGACCAGGCAAGGCUUUAA